AUGGUCAACCGAUUCACCAUCACGCGUUUUGUACUUAUUUUUGUUUGCUUGCAGAUUGUCGUGGCGCAAUUUGACGAGCUGACAUGGCUGGGACGAAUUCGGGCGUUAAAAGCUGUAUCUCCAUUAGUUAAGAAAGCUGCGAUCAUCGGUGUUCCUGAGGGGUCUUUGGUAGUGGACGCCGGCGGUUUUGGCGGUACCAAGGAAGAGCUAAAAGCCUUAGCAACGUCACUGGGGCAUGUUAGUCAAAAGGCGGCGUCCGGGGAUAGUGCGAUGGGUCUGGAUGGGCUUCAAUUUACCAUCCAGCUGCCCACUACCGCUUCUGGGGUCUCCGACAAAGGCGAUGCCAUCUAUUUAGCUAGGGCUGAGAAAGCAAUCGUUGUCACGAUCUGCGAAGGCGACGAGACCCCGGAUGAGGUGAAGCUGGCCGUCGAAGCGCUUGCCGCCGAGCUGGACAAGCAAAACUUUUGGCGCGCG